UGCUGGUCAGAGCCAACAAGAUAAAGGGAUUAUUUUCAUUUCCAAUAUUUGUAUCAACUGGUAAUCGAACACGAUGUUGGAAAUGCUUGAAUACAGCCACUAUCAGGUGCAGUCCCACCUGGAGAACCCCAGCAAGUACCACAUGCAGCAGGCUCCGCGGCAGCAGGUGAGGCAGUAUCUGCCCACCAGCCUGGGGGGCAAAGCCGGCAGCCAGUUCCCCAGCCAGCCCCCCGAGCACGGCAUGCCGCCCGGGCACGGCAGCAGCGCCCCCAACAGCCCCAUGGCGCUGCUCACCCUCAGCUCCAACUGUGAGAAAGAGAUGGAUGAUGUCAUUGAUGAUAUUAUAAGCUUGGAGUCGAGUUACAAUGAUGAUGUUCUCGGCCUUAUGGACCCAGGACUCCAAAUGAACAACCCGCUCCCUGUGUCUGGGAACCUCCUCGAUGUGUACGGCAGCCAAGGGCUUCCCCUCCCGGGCCUCGCUAUCAGCAACUCCUGCCCCAACAGCAUUAAGAGAGAAUACUCAGCUCCUGGCAUGAAGCAAGUACUGGACAAGUCUGAUUCCUGUGGCAUGUAUGAAAACUAUCAAAGACAAGAGGGCUUUCCUGUAGAGGCUGAAGUCCGGGCUCUCGCUAAAGAGAGGCAGAAAAAAGACAACCACAACUUAAUUGAACGGAGACGGAGAUUCAACAUCAACGAUCGCAUCAAAGAACUGGGAACCUUGAUACCCAAGUCAAACGAUCCAGACAUGCGCUGGAAUAAGGGCACCAUUCUCAAAGCCUCCGUGGACUACAUCAGGAAGCUGCAGCGGGAGCAGCAGAGAGCCAAGGAGCUUGAGUGCAGACAGAGGAAGGUGGAGCAUGCAAACCGCCACCUGCUGCUUCGUAUACAGGAGUUGGAGAUCCAGGCCCGUGCCCACGGCCUAACGCUGGCGUCCUCGUCACCCGUCUGCACAUCGGAUUUGAUAGGCCGAGCCAUUAAACAGGAGCCCGCCAUUGGCGACUGCCCCGUGGAGCUGUACCAACACGGCUCGGCCCCAGACAUGUCCCCCCCCACCACGCUGGACCUCAACAACGGCACCAUCUCCUUCGAUCACGUUCCUGCAGACGACACUGGUCCCUAUGAAGACUCCAGGACAUGUCAUUUGAAGGAUUUGUUAAGGGACACCCUGUCGCCGAUGUCCCCCAGUGAUCCCCUGCUGUCCUCCAUGUCCCCAGAAGGCUCCAGCGCCAGCAGCCUCCACAGUUCCAGCUCGAGUAUGGAUGAGAAGGAGCAUGGCUGUUAGCAUACGGACACGUUCCACUCACCUUAAAGGGACCUGCAGUGGACCAAUUAUUUAAUAAACUCUUUAUUCAUCUUAAAUACAUAUUUUUCUUACGUUCUUUUGCUAAGAAAAGCUAAUUGCUGAUCCACAACGUUCAAUGUAAUUGUACAGCUUUACUAUUUUUUCAAUGUUGGAUGCAGGCUGCAAGGUCUGCUCUUAUAGAAAGGUCCAAUGGACGACUAGGGUAUAUCAUUUGUAUUGAGCUCUCCAUGGAGGUAACAUAUGCAUGAAUAUGUUGUUAGUUAAGCACAAUACGUUUAUUAUGUUAUAAAAGAAAUUGAGUACUUUCAGAGUAAGUCCUAAUAAUGAAUGAGGAAUAACAUUUAGAAAUGUACAGUUUAUAGCAGCUUUUGGACAAAACUGUAUAAACUAUUCAUGGAUUCAUAGAUCAGAGGAUGUAUGUUUUCUCUUAGUUUGGACUGAAAUUGUUGAUACCAUUUUACAUUAUUUUGCUAAUGUUUUGUUGAUGAUAUGUUGUAUAUAGCGCAGUAAUGUCUUAUUUAUGUGCAGAAUGCAGUGUACAAGAGGGUCAAACUGUCAAAUAACUUUUUAUUGUAUUUUUUGGUCUGUUCAUUGUUGUCUUGUAACUUGCUGUUAUGUAUUUAUCCUUCACGUUGUAAAUAAUAUGUAUUCUUGAAAUAUGUACCACACAGAACACGCUGUCUUUGCAGGAAAGAAACCACCGGAUGUACAGAAUAUUAAAGGGUUCACACAUAGACAUUA